UGCCUAUGUGCCUAUAUAAAGUUAGAUUGUAACCGGAAGUACAUGUCAGCAUGAUGAUACACACUCUAGUACAGUAGGUGGCGAUAUUCAAGUUGGUUGCAACACGUCAAUAACCAAGAGAAGAAGAAGAAGUGGUGUGGUUAAGAGAUGUCGGCAGCCUGCAGGUAUACGAGGUUGUUUUUUAGUUUUGUGAGAGUCACAUCUGCUCAGCCCGCUGCAGCUUGUAAGCAGUUUGCUGCUGGCUGUAGCAUCCGGUCAAAGCCAGCCGGUCGGAGCGUCGGGAUGAUCCUGAGCAGAACUCACAGCAGCACACAGCACGUCAACACAGAGAAGCUGAUGCAAAACGGACAGGAGAGGAAAGCAGUGAUCUGUAUAGAGGGAAACAUUGCCAGUGGGAAGACAACAUGUCUGGAAUAUUUCAGUAAAACUAGUGACUUAGAGGUUCUAACAGAGCCAGUUUCUAAAUGGAGGAAUGUCCGUGGUCACAACCUUCUGGGUCUGAUGUACCAGGAUCCAAUGCGGUGGGGCAUCACACUGCAGACUUACAUACAACUCACCAUGCUGGAUAGACAUCUGUCAGCCAUAUCAGCUCCGCUUAAGAUGAUGGAGAGGUCCAUCUUUAGCGCCAAGUACAUCUUUGUGGAGAAUCUUCAUAGAAGUGGGAAGAUGCCAGAGGCGGACUAUGCUGUUCUCAGUGAGUGGUUUGAUUGGAUCACAGCUAACUUAUCCAUUACUGUUGAUCUGAUUGUCUACUUACAGACAUCACCCAAGACUUGCUAUGAGAGGUUGAAGCAGAGAUGCAGAGAGGAAGAGAAAGUCAUUCCUUUGGAGUAUCUGGAAUCUGUACACCAGCUGCAUGAGGACUGGCUCAUCAACCAAACCUCUUUCCCUCUUCCUGCUCCUGUCUUAGUGAUCCCUGCCGACCACGACCUCCAGAAAAUGCUGCACCAAUAUGAGCAAAACCGAGACAAGAUCCUUGCAGCUAGCCACCUCUGACAUCUCCAAUACAGACACACACAAACACACCCAGACAUCCAGACCGAAAAUGACUUGGAAGCUCUAGGAAACCUCUUCAUGUUACUAGGAAACCUCUUCAUGUUACUAGGAAACCUCUUCAUGUUACUAACAUUUUAGCCUACAGGAUUUUAGUAGUUUAAUUGAUGUUUCUGGAAGCAGACAAGGUUUUCAUAGGUAGAUUUUGAUUACAAUAGUAUUUGGCACUCCAGACGAACGGAGGGCCAUUUGUCUGUCCAUUCAUUUGUCUCUCAUGAGCGAUUUGUGAGAUGCUGGCUUGUUUUGGAUGAAACAUGGAGAAUAAUGGCCUCUAACACUGCCAUUAAGCUUCAUCUGAAUAUCUUGGACACUGAUGGGUCAAAUUUGAUGAACCUUUGUGGAAUGAUGUAGCCUGCAUCCUGCCCUCAUAAAUUGCCAUGCCCACAUUUUUGAAGUACGCGGUUAUUCCUGAGGUCUGGAACUGCUCUCAUUCCCACAGGUAGAUUUGACUGGAAUCUGUGCGAGAUGCCUGAUUGGCUGGUCAGCAGAUUCUCUGAUCAUGCCUUCACAGUGAGCAGGGAGAAGUAAACAAACAUAGCGGCUGUGAAGAGUUGUGGUGGCGUGGCUCAGUUUUUUUUUCCUCAUAAAUUUAUCGGUUUGAUCCCCGGCUCCUCCAGAGUGUGUCAAAGUGUCCUUCAGCAAGAUACUGAACCCCUCACCGCUCCUGAUGGACAGCUAGGCACCUUGUCAUGGUAUCGAUAAACUAAAAAGCGAAAAUUAAGUCAGUGAAAAAUCGUCACUGAUAGAGACUCCAGUUAAGCCAGACCCCGCUUAAUUACAGCAUGAUUCAUGGAGUCUUGAAACCAGGCUAGGAAUGAUACAUUGUUACAUUGAUAUUCAGUAUCCGCAAAAUGAAAUUGAUUGUCCACCACAGGACACCACGAGACACGAUGCCAGUCCUUCAGGAUCUCUCAUGGAUCUGGGGAGCAGAUUUUCAGCACCACUGACAAAAACCAGUGGAAAUAUUAAAACACACAAAAGCAACGAGAAUACUGAGUAAUGAGGUUAAGGCAGGAAAAAAAACAUUUGCGUGUGUGAGACUGAAUACUCAAAAACCCCAGUCUACAUGUGGUAACUCAGUAAGCAGUCUUUUCUUGGACCGUUAAUUAAUAAAAAGCAUUCUGUGACACCCAUCUAGAAUAGAUAGUGAAGUUUUUAUUCUCCUUUGUGUUGUAAGCCUACAUUGCGUGUUUAUCCUCUUUUCAUCCACAUAUGCAGAUAAAAAAUAGAAACAUAACAGCCAUUAUAGAUUGCAGUUGUUAUGUUAGUGUGUGUGUUGCCUAAAUGUUGGGACCAUUUUGUCAGCAGCAUCAAUAGUAGGCUACAAAGUCCAUCACCAAUCAUGGCUUUUCUUUCAGUUCAGCCAUGGUUAAAAUACUAUUGCAACAUAGUAGUAGAAUAGUCAGAUAUUCAGACUGAAUGUCCAUUCUGUCUCCACUCCAUUAUUCAGUCUGCGAUUGUGCUCACCAAUUUCUAUAGGCGGAGAGAUUUGAAUCCCACUUACAAAUCACUAGACUGCUGUGUCCUGCUGCUGACAGACUUUUCAGUCGACACAGUAGGUGCUUCAGUCAGUUUGCACCACUGCUGCGAGUCAUCAGUUAACAGCUUCAGCCACCAAUAAUCUUCAGUCAGUACCAACUCAGCUUGUUGGUCAGUGGGGUCGUAACAAAUGAAAGAGGUUUAUAUUGCCAAAAAGCAAAUGAAAAACGUGUGAAACUAGUGUGAAACCAGUCUAGUGGUAGAAUAGUAGAGGUUGAAACAUUUUAUAGCCACGGUGCAUUCUGGGGAGAUGCUGAACCUGCAUUUAGUUUAUAGAUAUCACACACAUGUAAUUUGCUGCUAGAGAGCGCUAGAGAAGUCUAGAACUGUCCAACAAAAAGCCAAAAGAGGGUUGUAAUAACAUUGUAUAUUAAUUUGUAUAUUAAUGUCACUGCACCACUGAAGAGUUAAGUUGCGCAGAGUUAAGUUAUGACAUAGUUUCUCUGAUGGUGGGAUGUUCCCACUGCUUAGUAUUCAGUCCCAUUACCAAUAACACAUGGCAAUGUAACUACCUCACUGGUUAGGUCUAUCUUGGUCACUUGGACAGUCCAUACAGCCACUGUGGUCUCUUAUGUUUUUUUUUUUUUUUUUUUUUAGUGUUACAUAUUGCUCUUUUUUUUUUUAUUUUUAUCUUUUACAAAUGUAAUGGGAUCACAAUAAAUAUACUGUAUGUUCAUAUACAGACAAGAUCUGAGUUUCUGUUGUGAAAAUACAGGUAAAUCCAUCCAGCUGUAAUAGUUUACAUGGGACCACUGCUUGAAAAGAGAGAUUUUGGUCUUAUUUUUAUUCCUUGAAUACCAGUCACAUUAUUUUCCUGAGUCUAAUAGCUUGUAGCUAUCUGACUCACGUUUUUGUCGCAAGACGCAGGAAUCUUUUUCCUCCACUGUGUUUGGUGAAAAUAUUAGCAGACCUUUUAAAAACCUUCUUGUCCAGUAACUCUUACUCCACAGUAGGAAAAUGAAGUGUAAUAAUGUUGUUUGACAUUUUUUGCAGUAUCUGUCUCUGCUUUUUUACAUUUUAGCUUUGACUGUUUGAUCUGUUGAUUUAUAACCAUGAAUAGAGGCAUCUGAGGGAGAACUGUAAAAUAGAAAAAGGGAGAAAAGUA